AUGAUGGAUCUAGACAUGGUGGACAUUGAUCGGCAACUGGAACUCUUGGAUGAAAUUGAAGGUACAUGUUAUUACACUGUUUUCUCAUAAUUUAAAGCCGAAGAGAGAACCUCCCGAUCAUCGCUGGCACCAAGUUCAUUAUCCAUACCGGCUACCAUGCCGGCCCCGAAACGUCGGAAAACCCUGAUUGCAGAGAAUUGUGCUCCUGUACUCGAGAAGGUUCAUACAAACUCGGCUGCCGAAUGCCAAUCAGUGGUUCUCAAUGACCGUAUCCCUGAGACUGGUGACUAUGUUCCAGUUACCUUCCUCGAUGGUCGGAGAAAAUACCUCGCAGUGGAAGAAGUUGAGCAGGAGAAGCUUCCAACCGCCUCGACCACCCGACAGCCCUUAGUGCUUGACGACCUUUCCAGAUUGGUUGAAAGUGCAGAACGAUUGGUUUGGCCCUUUCAUUCCUGACCUGCGUUUUACAUCUUCCAGAUUUCGUUUAAGCAGAUCAUCGAGACCGGUGAGCCAAAUGUGUCGACAGGCACGUCCUCCCCUGCCAUCUCUGAGUCAUCUCAAUUGUGGGUCAAAAAAUAUGAGCCUGUCCGUUAUCUGGACUUGAUAUCUUCUGAGGUAGGUGUGUGCACAUUUUUUUCGUCCAGUACUGGCUGUCACCAGGACAAGUUUUGCCGUAUGCGACCGUAAAUUUCGUAGUAGUUUUACCGCUACUUUUGAAAAAUAUUUGUGGUAAGGUGUGGUUAUGUAGCCUCACCUGAUGGACAUAAUACUGUUGACCUACUUAAUUGUUUUGAGUUGGUGUGAUUACUUUGGCAUGGUGUUGCUGUGCGUUGCGGUGUGUGUUCUGUUGGCGGCCUUGUUUUUCUGUUGCCGUGUCCAUCUUUUCCUGUCCAAUGCUGGUGGUCCUUCUUGACUUUCAGCCUGUUGCCUUCUAACUUUCGCGUUGGAUGUUUCAGGGCUAUGGUUUAGGGCUGCGGUUAGGGGUAAGGGUUGGGGUUAGCGUUAGGGCUUAGGGUUAGGACUAGAGGUUAGGAUUAAGGAGUUAGGGUUUAGGGUUAGGGGUUAGGACAACUAUUUCUCAACCACUCAAAGGACAACCGCUCAUUCCCAACAGCUUUACUUUUGCAUACAAUUACUUAGCCUCGUCGCCUUUGCGUUCCCCGGCUCCGCUUACCGAGCGUUAAGUUCAGCGUCCUACUAUUUACCCACGAGUCCGAGGUUCUCUCGAUAUGUAAUUCUGAAUACUAGAGAUGAAACGUAACCCGUAGCUGUUUUACUGUUUCAUUCAUCAUCAUGAAACCUAUUUAUAGGCAUAUAUAGAAUCACAUGAAUUUGCCUGUCAUUUGGGAACGUAAAGAUUGCGUGAAUACCCAGGCCAUAUUUAAUUGUGUACCGUUACUAGUAGACUCCUCGAAACAGAGAUCCAAUAGGUAGCGUAUCUUAUGAAAUUUAGACCAGAAUCUUUUGUUUUUUUCGAUCGGGAAGAAUCGCUUGGGCGGGGUUGUAAUAUUGAUUACUAUGCAGUAUGAUCUCACGAUAUUUCGGUCAUGCCAUAAAUCCGGCUUUUAAACAAGCCGCCUGCAAAAAGCGCACUUGGCAAAUAUGGCUUCUUAAGUAGUAUGAAUUGUUUUCCGUUGAUUCCCGACGCCCUUCUAAGUUAGAAUUUAUUUUAUGGAAAAAUGUAGAAAAGAAUUUCAUUCAUCUGCUGGAAAAUCUUCUCUUCAAUUUUUAUAACCGAAGAAAGGGUGUUUUUCAGUUUUAAAAAGUUUCUAAUAAGGAGAUUUGUUAAAACCCUGCAAUGUCCUUUCAAUCUGCAUCUUAUCUAUCCGUUUAUUAACGCCCUUCAUGGAAUAUGCAAAGUAGUCCACAUCCAUUGCAAAAUUUUAUGCGUCAUAUAGGCUAUCUUCUCAAUGCCGUAGGAGAAUGUAGUAUUUUACUUACACGAAAUUAUACAGCUUAUGGACUGAAAACCCUAGAAGCAAAUGCAACGGCAGAUAGGACCCGAAAUUAUCCAGGCAUUGAAGAGCUUUUUUAGAACCCAAAUAUACUCCUCAUUUAAGCAUCAUAUUUGAAAAGUUAUUUCCUACCAACUGAGCCCAAGAAAGAUUGUUUUUGUGCAUGUUGCCUACGAAAUAUAUUUGCAUUUAUCAGGACAUCAAAAAUCCACGGGAAACAUUCAUACUACUUAGAUGGUUGUUUUUUACGGGAUGCAGUUUUUGCAGGCGGCUGGAAAGAAGUGCAUUCAAAAGCCAAUAUCCAAGCGUGUUUGAUAUAUCUUGCGUUUAUGCUGCACCAUAACCAGUACUGCAACCGCAACUAAGUAAUCCUUCCUAACCGGAAGCACAUUUCCGUGUUUCGGUCAACAGUUCAUGGGAUCAGUCACUGACAGACGGCUACAUUUCAAUUGCCUGUCUGGCAUCAUGUGGGGCUCUCAAUAAUACCACAACCCUUGCGUGUGGACAACCUGUUCUUAACGAGUGCCCCGUAUUUACCCAAAAUUAAUGAGUUUAUGUUGUCUAGUCGAGUGUAUUCCGCUCCUUCCGGGCAUUUUUAUAUCACUUAUCCUGCAAUCUGUCGUCCACAGGCAGUCAAUCGCCAGUUACUCUCCUGGCUCAAAGCCUGGGACUACAGUGUUUUUGGCAUCGAACCCAGGCCCUCCGGGACGACUACUGCAUUCUCUGAGGACGUGGGCGAUCGGGCACCUCCUCCUCCUCCGCCCCCCUCAGAUGCCUCUCGGUUCCGCAAGUCUGCACAGUCUGCCCCAAGCACCGCCAGACAAAAUGCAGCUGAGAAAGAGCUAAGCAUCAGCAUGCUUGACCCCAGAGACGGUCGGCCCUUCUAUCGUCUCGUUUUGCUCUCUGGUCCUCCAGGCUUGGGCAAGACCACGCUUGCCCAUCUGUUGGCACGCCACGCGGGUUACCAGGUCAUCGAAACGAAUUCAAGGCAAGUUUUCUGUCAGAUCACAGUGGUGCUUACUUCGAUCCGUCUGGCAGACUGCUUCGCUCAAUGCUGCCUGCUUCUGAGACGGCGUUACUCACCGUAGGUUCGGUAAGGUGGUUUGCAUGGUCCAAGCGCGCUUUCAGACCAUUCCAAUCGGUGGGCCGCGGGAGCUUGCGUGUAUGUGAUACGAUGUGCGAUGCAAGCCGUAAAAGCGACAAAACAGGGUUGGGGAGGGAGGGUGACGGCUUCUGUGGUGCCGAUUGAUAGUCUUCUUUUUACUAAUUGGCAGAUAGAUAAUCCUAGGGAUGGUUGAAUCCACUUUUCAUAGUAGAUUGGGAUCCUUUUUGUGCGAUAAUCCUUGCUGAACUACUCUGUAGAAAAAUGUGGUCCUUCCAGUUCACCGGCAGAUAUGAAGUUUUGCUUCCUUUCAAGUAAGAGUAAAAGGCACAAUUGACCCAGACAUCCAAGGCUGCAAAUUAGAAUCAGUUAGACUACUCAGGAGUGUAAGUAGCGUUCAUUUAGUUAUGUAACGGAGAGUCAGGCUACAGUAGGUGGGCUAACUCGUGCAAUCUCAACCCAAAUUCCGAAAUGCGUUUUCGUUUUGAAACGAUUAAUUAAGUAGGGUUGUAAAACUAGUCAGCCUGCAACAUGAUUCUAUAAUAUUUCACUUACCCCGGGACGUCGGCUUUCGAAUGAACAUCCUUCCGGCUGCAUGCAAAAACUACACCCUGUAAAAAUUGGCUACUUAAGUAGCAUGAAUUUUUCUCAUUGAUUUUCGAUGCCCUUAAAAAUCCAAUUAUAGUUGAUGGAAAAAAUGCAUAAAAAGUAUUCACUCUUUUGCUCAUUCGGUAGGAGAUUACGUUUCCUUCCAAUUUUAUACUCGAAGGAGGGAUAUAAUUCGGGUUUAAAAAAGUGUUUAAUUGUGGGACUUUUAAAUACUGUGAAAUGGCCGUUCAUUAGAAAGCCGGCAUCCUGAGGUAACUGAAUCAUUAUAGAAUUGUGUAGCAGACUGACUAGUUUUACAACCCUACUUAAUUAACCUUUUCGAACCGAAAACGCAUUUCGGAAUUUUGGUUGGCAUUUCAUGAGUUAACCCACCUACUGUACGAUGACUUCUUCUAAAAUGGCACUCUCUUAUAUGUGGUAUUCGAGCCAUCCCCCUUGUGUGUGUAAUCCUGGCGCAUGCGUUUGGGGGGCCAUGUCGUGCAUGGGGCGCGCGUAGACGGGUCCUCUAGCUCUGUCAGCCAUUGCGCCCACUCCCGGCAUCAGACAUGUGGCCGGCACGGAAAGCGGACUGAUGCCUGAGAGUGGACGCAGAAAGUGAGGUCGACGGUCUUAGCACCUAUCCAACGGCGUAAACAAUCUGACGCGCUUAAUGCUAUCACAGUGCGCUAAAACCCGUGGCUUGGAAGGUUGCCAACUGAUGGGGCAACUCAGACCUCGCAGUCAGCCUAGUCUGUGUUUAGGUAGAGCGGCGGACUGGUCAAUUGAGUGUCAGGCCGCAAUGGCUCCUUCGUAAUGUGGCCUCUUUGGCACUCCCACUUAGUGGGGUCCAAGCCGCCUCCUCUCCCCCCCCCCGCAUCUCAUGUGUAAAAUUCUGGUCAUUGCACUUUGUGGACCAGGGGGUGUGGUGACACGCCUAGGCGCGGGUUUUCGCCGCACCAGCCAUCUUUGUCCCCUUCCGCUUCCGGUCUUCGUGACUCCGUCUUGACCGAGGUGGGAGGGGACAGAGUACGGUACAUGCUGCGCAAGUCUUCCACCACUUUAAACUAACCCACGCGCAAGUCACCGUCCCUGCCUUCACUCUGCUGUGAAGCAAACGGUGGACAUCGUCGGCAACGACGGUCGAACUGUCAUGUAACCGAACAACUGACUAGUUGGUCUCAAGAAAAUAAUUUAGAAAUUGACGGCCUAUUUGUACUCAGUAUUAAAAAUCUCAAUCAAGGACUCCCUUCUAACCGAGAUUUUCAAAAGUUAGCUCAGAUCUUCGUUUUCGUCUGAAAGGGUUGGGCCAGUGAAGAGCGGCGUCAAGUUGCUCAAGUGCACAGAACAGCAAAAUUCAGCGUAUUUGGGGGGAAAAAUAGCCAUAAAUGGACAAGGUGGAAUUCCUCUUCAGGCCAUUCAUAUAACCACGAUCAAUCUCGUGUAAAUACUACUGAAAUGGACGCUUUCUUGUGCCGUUUAUUUCCUAUAUUUUCUCAUCCUCGCCUGUUGCUCCCGUCGACUUCCAGUGACGAUCGAAGCCCUGCGGCCAUGCGAGAUCGUCUGGAGACCGUUGCCUCCAGUCAAACCAGCCUGAACCCUGCCACAGCGGUCGCCGUCUCCACUGUCCUAAAGCCGAGCUGUCUCAUUCUGGACGAGGUGGAUGGUGCGCUGCCGGCGGCCGUUGAGGUGCUCUCUGCUGCCGCCUGCAACGUUGCCGCAGGCGAACGCAGACGUGCGAGCAGGAAACACCGGAAUGCCCUUGUCCUGCGUCGACCCGUGAUCUGUAUCUGCAAUGACCUGUAAGUCAGCGCGCCUUAUUCUUCUGAUUCCCCCCCUCCCGUCUCUAUGCUCGACAGGACAGUUUGACGACUGCCAACUACGACAUCGGCCGUAUGUCCCACGGAGUAGACGGUGGAUUAGUUUGUAGUGAGGCAGACUUACGCAGCACGUACUGCUCGAUCGGAUCUUAUUUCGUUGCCGUACCUGCAGUAGACAAGCCCCAGGCUAACCCCUAGCAGGUACGGCUACGAAAUAAGAUCCUGCUUACUGGCAAUAGAAACGAAGAGACGAGUCCCAGGAAGCAGUCUUGAAGAAACAGACACGGUCGCUGGGACAAGAGCUUUAUUAGCCUGACAUUGCGGAUUCCUGCUCGAACCCAUCAUCAGAGACAAAAGAGCAGAAACGGGUGGUUCAUGCAUAAAGGGCUGCAGUAUUUAUAGGGGGCAGUCGCCAUGUUACUGCAUGCCUAUGAAUAUUCACGGCUCCGCCCGUCAUCGGGGAUCGUUGCACUUGGUGUGCUGACUCUUUGAUGGCCGACAUUCGCGUCGUUAGUCGUUGCAAUCUCAUGACGUGCGUUGGAUGUUGUUGUGAUGAUUGCUCGACUAUCUGACGCACUGACCCUGGCGUGGGGGAACAGAGUUCACCUGUGCGCUUCCCGCAUGGCUAAUUACACCGCCUGGGCGAAGUCUCAGCACUGAGUAUGGAAGGGGAAGGUCAUUGCACUUGGUACUGAACCGGGGGCCAGUAAACCAUGACUCAAGCAGCUCCCGGUUCACGCGGUCGUCACCGCUUGCGAGAAUUUCGGUCUUGUCGAAUUCGAAUGUGUGGCCGGAUCUCGUCGAAUGAGCCGAAAUCUGAGAGCUAGUGUCAUUUCUCCGCACCGCUGCAGCGUGUUCGACCAUUAGCGUUCGUAGCUGUCAUCCGGUUUCUCAGACGUAGUUGCUUUUUCCGCAGCUGCACCAGAUCCGAUAAACGACUCCAGACGUUUCUAGCCGUGGCAGUGGGUCUUUCGGUGUCAUUACCUGACGCCUGAUGGUUGCCUCCGGUCUGUGUGCAACUCCAAGCCCUAGUGGUGCGAGAAGGCGGCCGACAGCUUCCGCUCGCCGAAUGAGCCGCAACUUGAGAGGUGGCGUCAUUUCUUCUCACCGCUGCAGCUUGUUCGGCCAUUCGCGUUCGGAGCUGUCUUCCGGUUUCUCCGACGUAGUUGCUUUGUCCGCAGCUGCACCAGAUUCGAUAAACGACUCCAGACGUUUCUUGCCGUGGCCACGGCCGCCUUCUCGCACCACUUGUUGGAGUUGCACACAGACCGGGGGGAACCAUCAAGCGUCAGUUAGUGAAACCGAAAGACUCGUUGCCACGGCAAGAAAUUGAACUGACACUUGCACUCCCCCCUAUCUCUGUCGGGAGCAAAUCUACCAUUCUCGAGGUUUCCAAUCCUAUCAAUCUGCAUAGUCGCUUUAGAAAUUUCAGUGUUUAGGAAACUUGUGGGUAGUUGAAAAGGCGCAUACGUAGAGAUAUUACCAACAAAGACCCUAGAACACUUGAAUUACGCGUUCUGGCUUAAUUGCCCUCAUCAACCGGCAUUACGCCCUCCCUCCCCCCCCCCCUCCCAGAGUGGGCUCUAACCCGGUAACUCCAAAUCAGAACGUUAUCACCCAUUCCCGUCUCGGAAGUCUGUACAGAACGAAUUUUCUCCCCACAAAUAGACCUAGAAUAGUUCAUCUCGUACUAUAGCAGACAACCCGUCGUUGGUGAGAUCAACGGUAGUUCCUAAAUACGUGCCCAUUCGUUCGAACACAUUCCCUAAAUCACACUUGAGGCUUCGGGGUGUUUUUUCGUGGGUUUUAAUACGGUUCUGUCGCCCAACCACCAAACUCGGUGUCAGUUAUUAAUUGCAUCACACUGACUGAUGUUUCCUGUCUCUCAGCUAUGCCCCGUCACUGCGUCCUCUUCGAGCCCCUGGCGUGCCCUGCUUCAUUCUCCGUCUGCCCAGCAUUGAUCUUAAUCGCCUCAUCUCCCGCCUGGACUGGAUCGCCAGAACGGAGGACAUUGUUGUGGGCAAAAAUUUUCUCUCCAACCUCGCGGACUCCAGCGGUCGCGACAUCCGUGCCUGCCUGAAUGCCCUGCAGGUAUGCGUGUUAAUUCUGCAGCGUUUUUUUUAACACCAAGUCUUCAUUUACCCAGGGGGGGUUGUUGGUGUUGAUGCUCCCCCGUCUGAUCGAACAACGACAAAAAUGUCCUUGUUCGGAUUUGGCCUGCAGUCUGGAGCCGAGCAAUCUGAAGGCAGCAAUUGUUGGCGCCUUCAGCCAACGCAGGCGUGUGCUCGAAGGGCUUGAUACGCGUACUGUUGUUGUUAUUGUUGGUGGACAGAGGAUUUGCUCUUCUCGACACCAUUAACUGUCGUUAUGCCCUCCCCUUCCCCUCCCUCUACAACGCCUGAAUCAGAGGCUUCCUGUCUUUUAAAAUCAUUUACAACUGAAUGUUCUCGAGUUUCGGUCCUGCAUUUUCAAAUAAACAUAUUCUGUUAAGUGCAUGUAUUACUGAUGACAUUUUAGCACCAUGUUUAUUUAAAGCUUGAUAUUGCAUGUACCGUUUUCAAUAGGGUUUUCAAAGGCAUUGCCUAUUACCCUUAAAAUAUGCUGACCUCUAUAGCCCACCGAAUAGGGGUUGCGUCAAACGGUCGCUAGGACGGGCUUCCGCUGCAAAUGUGCUGGACCUAAGCAGGGAUCAGAUCGCCUCGGGGCCAGCGUUUAUUGGGCUGUGCCGAGUCCCUUUGAGUCCACAACUACUGGCAUACAUGCGUGAGGGCCUGGGCCUUUACACCGCCUCCGCUACUGUGUCCAUCGCCUGUUGGUUGACAGGCCCGGACAGUCGGCUGGUACAUGCGGGGAGGGGGAGGGAGUGAGGAGUGGGGAUUCCAUACACACGGCGCACCCCAGACCAUUCCUCACCAGCAAUAAAUCUGAGGAGCUUGAAUCUAUACAGACGCACCACGGAUCUUGGCCUCGAAGGUUGCCGACUGAAGUGAUACCUCCGUACUUCUCAGUAGUCAGGCUGCAAUGGCCACUAUGUCACUUUCACGUGGUACUUCGUCAGCCACUGCGCACGCACCCGCCUACAGUCGUCUUGACACUGCCCUGUUAUCGGAGUCACACCAACAAUUCGACCGUCCACUGCGUAUCCCAUAAAGUGAGGCGCAGGACGGUGACUUGUACGUGAAGUCGUAUAUAAUGAGGUGGGCUUGCGCCGCGCCUAUCGCACUCUCUCCUUCCUCUCCCGCCCGCCCUUCUCUGAUGACAAGACAAUAUCAAGACGUUAAAUGUCUUACCAUACUGACAGCACAGGCGCUAGCUAAAAGCUCGGGCACGCGUGUUUCGCCGAUCUUGUGCAGCUUCAUUACACAGCUGCGGGGGGUUAGGCUCAUCAGUUGGUCUCCCGCCAACGUUUUUCGUGCACCUUCUGGUUCAUAGACCCCAGUCUUCCUGCUGAAUUUUUUAAAUUUCCGAGAAAAUUUGUGCAAGACGACUAGAUGUGCACGCGAGUGCGGCGAUUGACAAAGCCGAACGGCCCGUCUACGCGUGUCACACCUCAUCCGCUCCCCUUUACGUGCGACGGGCUUCUUUGAAGGAUUUUGUGGGUGGAUUCCCCUUGUCGGCCUUAUCAUCCCUUUCCCGCACUGCAGUCGACUGUCCGAGCUCUUCAACCAGUAGCUGAUAGAAUUAAACGCAGUGACUGACGCAGUCGUCAUCUAAUCCGUAUCGCACUCAUGUACGGCAGCAGCCUUGAGCUCGCGCGAACUCAGAGAAGCCCGAUGAACGCGUGCCGUGAACCAGUCUGAUCCCCGCUUUGAUCCAUCGCAUCUGCAGCUCAGCCUGUUUUUGGGCCACGUCAAUCCACGUCUCAAGGGGGCUGUGGACCGUUUAAAUGAUCCACACUGAUCCACCAUCGUAUAUACCUGAUCGUGACCGAGAGGGCAGCGAGUCCGUGGCUCAGUGGUUGGUGCAGUGAACUUCUAACUGACAGGUCGCGGGAUCGAGUCGCAGGGGUUGCACACCUCGGGGCCUGGCAUAACUGUCUGACGGUGGUUAAUAAGACGUAAAUGACCAUUCCAGUCUCUCUCUUUUCUUUUUCGGUUAUGCUAUCCGGUCUCUACUGUAUUCGCCGGCUCGGUCCAAUGAUCGCCUUUCAUCAGGAGCCCUACCUGGAGACGGAAGGGCAAUUUGUCGUUAAGUUUGUGUGCCCUCCAAUCUUGUGAGAUAGAAAAAGUAAUCCUUGUCUUUCUAACAGGCGUUAAACCUGUUGGCUCCGGUAGAGUCAAAGAAAGCCUCGAGUGCGUUACUUUUAUUCUGUUUCCCUACUCUUCUUUCUUCAUAGUCAGCCCUUCUUUUUCAUGAGACUAGCUGAUACACUUUCCUCCUCAAGCUCUGAUCGACGGACUCAAAGCUGAGCAUUUUAAAGCAGAUCGCUCCUCCUGGCCUCCCCUCCCGUAAAAUGCAGUUUCGCUAGCCUAACUUUCGGUCCUGCCUCUGGCGGAAGUUGACUUUACCCGUUUUCUUCCAGUUUCUAAAGGCCGCUCAAAGUCAAGGCAAGGACUUCUCCACCCUUGAUCUUCCCGGCUUUCUGGGCCUUCAUGGCAGCCUGAAAGACGCCCAGCACAAUCUCUUCUCCGCGUGGCAAGCCAUCUUCACUAUCCCACCGCCGCAUGUUCUAUCGCGUCAGCUUGCUCAAAUGGCCAGCCGACGUCAGGCCGCUGGCAGUCGCACCACCAUGGACGCGAAUUCUGCGAGUGACAGCAGUCUUCAGGCCAGGUCUCCUUUUUUGCUGACUUCUGUUUAGUUCGAAUUGCCUCCAGGACACUUUCUGAAUACCCGAUCAUCGUGCUGGGCCGUUUCAAUCCGACUGUUUGCGGUCUUUAACUUUUAUGUGUUAAAGUGCUACAUUUCAAAAAAAGUCUCAUUUCAAGUGUGCCGCAAGUAAAUUCUAGACAAGCGUGCAUUUUGAUUAUAACACCGACCUGCUCUUCGUAGGGCGCGCCUUAUAAUUACUUAGAAAUACCUGAGCAAUUUGAGGGGCUCACCGGAUCAGUGGAAUUAAGUGGCUGACGUUUCGGAGGGCGUGGCCGGCUCUUCAUUAUCAAGGCGUUUUGUGCAAAAAAUCAGUCAGAACUUUGAAUAAACGGCCUAAUUAGCUGUCUACGAGUCGAUCGAUUUUUUUCUUUCGUUGCACUGAAAAGUAGAUUGUUAUUCAGGUCUAGUCGGUCUCUGCCUGAAGCGCGAUGGACUGGAAACGGCAUAUCAUCCAGGACUGGCCAUUUCAGGCUCCCUUACCUUUGUGGGUAAUGCUUCUGGCAUUGCGAUCGGGCUUUUGUGACUGGACUUCUCCUACGUCGUUAACAGAGGAUGUCUUAAGAGCGUUUUAGUUUUACACCUCUUCCUCUUGACUUUGUACUUUCUGCCUGUCUAACUUCCUGUUUCUCACCUUUCUAGGGUGAAGCAAACGCUGGAUGUGUGUCAGUCAGCUGGGGAAUCUCAGACGCUUCAUCUGGGAAUUUUUGAAAACUAUCUGAGCAGGCGAAUGAAGGACGCAAGCCUUCAGUCGGUACGUCUCCAGGACUGCGAUCCGCCAUCUCUCUCUGUGUGUGUGUGCGUGUGUAUGCGUGCACGCUUUUAUAAUCAGAAAAGUCGGACGAGCGAGGCCCUGAGUGCGAAGUGUGGUCUAGUCGGCAGUUGUGUGGUUGCACGCGCAGAUGAAGACCGUAUGCCUGCCAAACCAAAGUCGUCCUACUCCUACUUCUCAUCCCACAACUGUCGAAUUCCUGCAGAGAGAGAGGGCGACAGCAAUCCUGUAGGCGGCCCGGGCUAAUUCGGACCGUUGCUCACUGAAUCGAAGUUGUGACCCGUAAUAGUACCCGUCAGCCAUCCGAGCUGCCUCAGUAGCCGGAUUCAGGGAGGCACUGCCUUCCGCCUCACUGACGAAGGGACUGCAAAAGGCGCCCCAAACAAAUACAGUUGAUUGCGCUGUCUGCUGACCAACUGUGACUCCUUGACGCUGAGCAUAUUGUCAAAACACUAAAAACUGCAGCAGCAACCUCCGCCCAUGUCCGCAUUCUCUUAAUAUUCCUUCCGGAGUGAUGAAUAUCCACUUCCGUUUAUAUAACCCAAAAGCCAACUAACCUCGGAGAGGAGAACCGUUCUCGUCAGAGGAAAGCUGGCUUAUUUCAAAGUGUACAUCGCUGCACUCAACGACACUCGUUCAUCAGAGUAGAAACAGCUGGAGGACAUCGGUGCAUGCUACGCCCUCUUCUAGAGCCUUUGCUAGAAGAAGGAGCGAUGUGUCGCCAGAGUCGCCUUUGCCGUCAGGGACGACUUAACUCUAGUUAAAUCAACAGCCACCUCAUCCCAGUGAAGCCCCAACCCAGCUUUAUUAAUAUUGCUGGCAAAGUCAUGGCUCCCGACAACAACUCCAACUCCCAAAUCGACAACGACCUCUUAGGUGACCUAGGCUAAUUCGAGUUGUUUUCCUACCAAACCCAAGUUGUGACCCCCUAGGAGAACUCUGCAGCCGCCUGGGAUGUCUCACCAACUCUGUUCAGGGGAGUAUCGCCUUUCCCCUCACAACUGCAAAAGCCGGAAAAAGGUUCUUCGAAUAAACCCCGUUAGUCACGUCAUCUGCCAUCUGACCUUGGCUCAUGGCACCAAAUACACGAUCGAAACACCAGAUGAACUUACACACCCCAUGCCGUCCUUCCUACCAUUGUCGUUCAGGUCAGAAGAACUAGUUUGUCUCACUGUGGAUGUCGCCGCACUCACAGAUGCCCGUUUCUCGCAACAGAGACAGUUGAAUAAGCUCGAUUCUGGUUAUGCCCUCUUCUAGAACCGCUGUCGGAGGAAGGAGCAUUGUGAUGCUGGAGAUACCUUUGUUAGCAGAAGGGACCUUGCUAAGUGACUGCUUUCUUUCCUUGUGGAAUCAACUUUCACUCUAUUUCAAUCUGGCUCCUACGCCGAAAUAAUUUCAUCACCAUCAUCUGCGCCUACGUUCCCUAGAGUAGCAGGCAUUAUAGGGCACUGCGAACUACGUGUCGUCCUUCCGGCCAUUUCCAGCACAGUGUCCUCGCUCACCCCGGAAACCUGGAUUGUUCGUUUUUUGGGAUAAUCAAAUGCCAGACCGGCGGGAGAGGAGGACAGCUCUGGUCGCAUUAGAACUGAUUCCGUUCAAGGUAGACAUCACCACAUCCGACGAGGCACGCUUCUAGGAUCAUGGAUAAGUGAACGAAGUCGGCUUAGAGCACAACUCUUUGAACGACCAUCAAAGGGAAGGACGAUGUGAUGCUGGAGUAGUCUUUGCCAUCAGGACCAAAUUCCUCAGAAAGCUGCCUUCUUUCACUCCCAUGGCAGCAACAACUGCCUCAUUUACAUUAAAUUCCCACUCCGCGUUCAGAAGUUCAUCACAAUUAUCGCCCCUGCCACAUCCUUAAAAUGGUAGAGGACAACGAAGCGAGGGAGAAACCCCACAGUAAUCUGCACUUGCUCCUCGUGUCUCAUGCCGAAGACGAACAAACCGGUCUGGCCUCAGUGACCUCAGCGCCUGAGUAGACAGAUACACAAUCUGAGGAGGAGUGUUUUGUGUUUACGGACCAGGUCACUGAGCUGCAAGGCGACUUGUUUUACCGAGGACCCGCGCGGACCACAAUCCCCUCGCCACCGGCGCUCUCCAUCGGCUUCCCAGUGGCAAGCAACCAACAUGCCACUGCCGUACCGUAGGCUUCUCAAGAGACGUGACCACCGUGAAAAAAAUGUGCACCUAGGUACCGACUAACGCCUUGCCAUCUCGCAGACGACGUCGCGAGAAACUGAGACCAGUGACGCCGACCAAGGCAGCGCUGAACACGUUUAGGUGGGGAAUCUCCGGCAAAGUAUAUUACUUUGACCUGGACUACCGCUAAACUCCGUGGUGCGUGAAAUCGCUGAGCAAAUUUGGCAGAGACUGUGGGAUACCAUUUCACGUCAUCGGCGCUGCACGCCAAAGACGCCAGGACCAGUUCGACGACAGCGACGUAGGAGUACAAACAAUGACCUCUAAGAAAAACCAACGUCACGACCCUGAAAGCCAGAAAAAGUCACAUUUGUCCAACACCGUCGUCAGCUGCAACAAGUGCUGUCGAGGCGGAUAAGAUACAAGGUUGCGCAGAUCGCAUCGAAAUGAAGAUAUUCUCUGCGGCUGUCAAGACAGCCCAUCGCUACUCAUUUAAAAUGACACACAAAAAUCGCAGAUCUUGUAGCUCUAAGUCAAGUACUUUAGUUGCGGUGUCAAACAGCAGUCUGCAAUCUCUACGGAAGCGGUCAACAGGCCUCCUCAGCUAAUACUAGGUCCCUUGACCUGUUGGUUAGAAGUUCAUCUCCCUUAACCACUGUACCAGGGGCUCGUUGUCCUGUCAACUUCUAUAAUUUAUCAAAAACUGCCUCUCUCUGCCCGCUGCUGCAGGCACGAAUAUAUAUACUGCUCAAAUCAUCCUUAUUCUCCCGCUCUAACUACUUCUGUCAGCCAUAUCCCUAUCGUUAUCUUCGGCAUCUUGUUUGCCCAUGCCGGGCUCACCAGUUUUUUCCUAAUGUUCUCGACCAUAUUUCAUAUCUCAGGCACGAAAGGCUGCUGACUGGUUAGUCUACAGUGAUCUCCUGUGGAACCGAAUUCAAACCACGCAGGACUUCUCGCUUUCUCGGUAUCCCGGGGUUCUUCCCGCCUGGUUCCACCUUUCCUUUGCCUCCACAGCCGAGAGUGGGAAGAACUGGGGGGCCGCUUCUGGUGGCGAUCGUGGCUUCAGCACAAUUCGUUGGCCCACCACCUACACGGAUAACCAGUCCUCUGCCAAUCGUUCUGAGGCUGUCAUCGACAGUAUUUUGGAAAAUCAGUGGCGCGCUGCCGCCUCCGCCAGUCUCAUCGACUCUGAUGGCGUCGGCGUUCCUACUAGCCUUAGGUUAGUUUAUAACUUCUACUUUACUAAUUUCAGUAGGCGUAUAAUUGCAAUUUCAGUUCUCAAGGGUUUUUCUCAGUAGACGCCCCGCGACAAAAAGGGCUCCCUUCUUUCUGAGAGCACUAAUUUCCUGAUAAUAUACUUUAGAUGAUGCCUCCACAAACUCUGUCUGUGAAGUUUUCAUUUCCUGUUUGCGUUAAAUACAGUCGUUUUUUUCUGUUCUCAACUACUUCAGGUGUCUCACUCGCCAGCGCUUCCUUCUCGAUGCGUCAAGUUACGUGAACAUGCUUUUUUCGGCAAUGUGUUCACGCCUUCGCCCCGUCAAUAUUCAACUCUACACGGAACAGGAGAAGAAACAGCUAAUGCACUUAGUUAGCUUCGUGGUCAACAUGGGCUUGGAUCUGGUCCCCAUGCAGGCUGAUGAUGACAGCGAGGAGCAGACCUAUAGACUGGAACCGUAAGUCCCGCUUCUUCACUGUUGCUGUCACUAAUGAAGUAUUUUUGGCAACUUGAAGACCGUACUUUUUUCCGUUUCACUCAUCACUCAGUAGUUCUCUUCACCCGUUUAUACGGCCGCCUUGCCUAGCUUUCGAGAUUCCACCGUCGCAGCCGACGACUCUACCUCGUGUCCCAAUGACUUGCGUGGGAAUCAUUUUAUAGCGAUUGCAGGCCUGUGCAGCAUCUACUGUACAUCUACAGUGGCCGACAGAACUAAACUGCCCGUCUAGGCGUGUCACAAACACGUUCUAGUCUCCGCUGUAUGUAACAGGCCACAAUGAAAGUGACUCAGACCUCACGAACUCAGUCCAAAUGACACUGAGAUCACAGAUCGUUGCCAAUAGAAGCGAAGAGCCGAGCCCCAGGAAGUAGUCUUGAAGAAGGAGACACGAUCGCCGGGACAAGAGUUUUAUUAACCUGACGUUUCGGAUUCCUGCUCGAGCCCAUCAUCAGCCCCUUGUGCAACAACCACCCGUUUUUGCUCUUUUGUCUCUGAUGAUGGAUUCGAGUAGGAAUCCGAAACGUCAGGCUAAUAAAGCUCUUGUUCCGGCGAUCGUGUCUCCUUCUUCAAGACUACUUCCUGGGACUCGGCUCUUCGCUUCUAUUGGCAAUGUAUUUGGGCGCGAUGCGCUCCGAUCGGCCAGGCGAUGGGAAACCUUCGCCCUUCGGGAGGCCUCUACGUAUUCGCAGAUCCGGUUUCUGCACAGGUGUCUCGAAAAUAAUGUGUUACCGAAAUGUGUUUCAUACAAGCCACCGGUUAACACGGAUUUGUCGAGACGAGCAGUUUUUCAGCACGGCAGAAGGAUGAUCCGAGUGCUCCUCCAAGAUUGCCACGCGAGACUUCGUAAGUACCGUCAAAUGAUUGACUAAGAAAAGACCAGAUGCUGCGAGUUCAUGGGUGAAAUCGGUACGAAUCUGCUCCGGCGGAGGAUAGCUGCACAAGCCCGCGAACAGAGCACGAUACGCGACGCAGCACUGGAGAACAAAUUUCGAAAGCUGCCCAAUCCAACGUCGCCCAGAAACGACAAACGGGUGCACAACCUGUCAUCAAAGGAGCUGACGAAGGAUCAGAUGCAGGUUUUACGGCACGAAGCUUCAUUUAACACGGCUGACGCCAAACCUGUUAACAUGAUUGCAGCAGUGGAAUCAAUCCUUUGUCAGACGGAGGCAACGGAGGAGACUAAGAACCUCAUCCGACACCAAGUGUCGUCUCUCCUGAUGGCCCACAGGCCGCGGGAAGUGCUUUCCAAGGUCGAACGUGAUGCGCUGAGAGAACUCAAGGCCGACAAAGACCUGGUUAUCGUGCCAGCGGACAAAGGACGCGCCACAGUUGUACUGGACAGGACAGACUACCUUCAAAAAGCCAAAAGGUUUACUGGAGGACCGACAGUUCUAUGUCCCAUGUGCAACGAACCCUUUAAAGGCGCUGACACGCGAAAUUAAUGCUACGUUGUUGGCCUUGGAGAACUCAGGUGCAAUAACACCGACCGACAGACGCAUGGCGAGACCCCAAGAUACGGCUUUGGCCCGAUUCUAUGGCCUCCCUAAGGUGCACAAAGACGGCGCUCCUCUCCGACCCAUCGUGUCGCUCAAAGGGACUCCAGCGUACGGACUGGCUAAGUGGCUGUUCCGGCGUCUCAAGUUCCUGACCGCUGAGUCAGACACCACGGUGUCUUCGUCAGCACAAUUCCUGGAGAAACUCAAAGGGGUAAGCAUCCAUCCAAAUGAGGUCAUGGUAUCUUUUGAUGUUACAUCCCUUUUUACUUCUAUUCCCCAGGACCUGGCGAUCGAGACAAUUGAACUGCUACUACAAAGCAAAUACGAUGAAACGGAGAACCGUCUUGGACACGCCCAAAUCCUUCAGCUCCUGAAGCUCUGUCUCACGACGUACUUCACGUUCGACGGGACAAUCUACGAACAGGUGAAGGGCACACUAGUGGGUUCGCCGAUUUCGGGAUUCAUCGCCGAGGCGGUCCUGCAACGGUUAGAGUCGCUGGUCUUCCAACACCACAGACCGAAAUUCUGGGCUCGGUAUGUGGAUGAUACCUUCGUCGUCAUCGAACGGGAUCAGGUGUUGACAUUCCAAGAACAUCUCAACGCCGUCUUCCCGGACAUUCAAUUUACUAUGGAGGAGGAAAAGAACAACCAGCUGGCCUUCCUGGAUGUCCUCGUAUGCUGCAAGGAUUGUGGUGGACUAAAGACCAAAGUGUUCAGGAAAGCGACAAAUACGAUGCAAGUACUGAACUUCAACAGUAACCACCCAAUCAGCCACAAACGCAGUUGUGUAAGGACGCUCUAUCGGCGUGUCGAAACGCACUGCAGUGAGCCGGAAGACAAAAUUGCCGAACUACAAUACCUCCGACGGGUCUUCAAAGCCAAUGGCUACCCGCGCAACUUCGUCGACCGGUGCAUACGCAAAAGGGACGAAAGGCCUAACCGCACGGACACCAAGUCUUGGCGGGCACUUCCGUAUGUCAAGAACGUUUCGGAAGCUGUCGGCCGCCUUCUCGCACCACUUGGGGUUGGAGUGGCACACAGACCGGAGACGACCAUCAGGCGUCUGAUCAUGAAACCGAAAGACCCACUGCCACGGCUAGAAACGUCUGGAGUCGUUUAUCGGAUCUGGUGCAGUUGCGGACAAAGCAACUACGUCGGACAAACCGGAAGACAGCUCCGAACGAGAAUGGCCGAACACGCGGCAGCGGUGCGCAAAAAUGACACCAGCUCUCAAGUUGCGGCUCAUUCGUCGAGAUCCGGCCACACAUGCAAAUUCGACGAGAUCGCAAAUCUCGCAAGAGGUGACAACCGAGUGAGCCGGGAGCUACUGAAAUCAUGGUUUACUGGCCCCCAGUCCGUCAACAAGUGCAACGAUCUUCCCAUUCCAUACUCCGUACUGAAACUUCGCCUAGGCGGGGUAACAAGCCAUGCGGGGAGUGCAGAGGUGAACAUUCUUCCCAACACCGGGGUCGAUGCGUCAGAUGGUCGAGCAAUCAUCACGCCAACAUCCAACGCACGUUAUGAACUUGCAGCAAUUAUCGACUCGAAUGUCGGCCAUCAAACAAUGAUCACCAAGUGCGACGAUCCCGGAUGAAGGGUGGAGCCGUGAACGUUCAUAGGUAUGCGGUAGCAUGGCUACUGCAUCCUAUAAAUACCGCAGCCCCUUGUGCAACAACCACCCGUUUUUGCUCUUUUGUCUCUGAUGAUGGAUUCGAGUAGGAAUCCGAAACGUCAGGCUAAUAAAGCUCUUGUCCCGGCGAUCGUGUCUCCUUCUUCAAGAUCACAGAUCGUGUAGCUCUACGUCGAGUGCUUUAGUUGCGUUGUCAAACGCCGGUCUGCAAUCUGUAGGGAAGCCGUUAACAGACAGCCUCAAGUGAGACUAGGUUGCGUGACCUGUUGGUUAGAAGUCCGACGCCCUAACCACUGUACUAAGGGCUCGUUGUCCUGCCAACUUUUAAAUUUUAUCAAAAACUGACUCUCUGCCCUCUCGUACAGGCACGAAUAGAUAUACAGCUCAAAUCAUCCUUCUCAUGUGACUGAAUAAUCCAGAUCGCAGAAAACAGAACAGCAGUAACGGAACAUGUAAGACUUUAAACCAACAGAACCCAGUUCCACAACAGAGGUCUUCCUGGCCUGAGGUUGAGUGCAUUCUCUGUCAUCCCUCCUCGCUGCUAUUUUGACUUGGCCGAAUUCGGCCUGGUAAUUGGUUGUCUGUUCGUUACCUUUGCCACCCAUACGGAGCUUGUUUGCUUCGGGCAGCCAGUAGGUCGGUGUGCGCCCAUUCUUGAUUGAAUAAAUACCCGAUCUGCAGCGACGGAAAAUGACUGGUGUCCAGGCGCUGAAGAACAUCGGUUCGAUGAAGUGCUUAUGACCCAUCUGGUAGACCCCAGUGCUCUACCAACACCGCCGGUUCUUCGGUGUUGCUGUCACUAGUGAAGUAUUUUUGACAACUUGAAGACCACCCUUUUUUUCCGUUUCACUCAUCACUCAGUAGUUCUCUUCACCCAGCCGCCUUGCCACAACCACCUAGCUUUCGAAGUUCCACCAUCACAGACGGCAACCCUAUCACCAGUGCCCCAGUGACUUGCGCGGGAACAUUUUUAUAGCACAUUGCAGACUUGCGUAACAUCUACUGCAUUUCCCUUCCCUUACCUACCUUGAUGACAAGAUGUCAGGACAAGCGAAGGUGGGCACAGGCGUAGUGGCCGACAAAGCUAAGCUGUCCGUCUAGGCGUGCUACACACUUGACCUGGGUCACAAUAAGGAUGACUCGAACCCCGCAGACUCUGACAAGUCAGUCGUCUCGAUGGUCGUAUUGCAAAUGAGACCGUAAAAAAACACCACCGGUCUCCACAAAGAACGUUUUAUGUGUCCGUCCACGAUUAUCAUCUGUAACAUACUUUAGGAAUUGGAUAACUUUUAUAAGUGAAGAAGAAGAAGACAGGUCGAGCACUGGAACACUUUCUUUUAUUGUCCUGAGUUUUCCGACUCGUGCAGGAGUCCAUCGUCGGAGGUAGUGGUAGCAACAGAACAAGUGACAGUUACAGGGCAUAUAGGCCAAUCAUCGACCGACGGCGCAAAACUGCAGGUGACGGCGCAGCGCUCUGUACGCCGGCGACAGAUCAAUAAAUCGAUUGACUGAGUUCUCGUCCGAGACCCAGGUUUCAAUAAAUUCUCGGCUUGUUUUGUUUUCCGCGCGGACGACUUUUUGGUGGCUGCGAAGUUAGACUCGUGACACAUUUCGUAGGUGUUGGCGGCCACUUGUAAUAAUGCGUCGCCUCGUCGUACAACCAGCUUCUGUUCGUGUAUGCGCGAUCUUAGCAUGCGUCCAGUUUGGUCUGUGUAGUUACAAGGACAGUUUUGACACGGGAUGUGAUACACUACUUCAGAUUGCUUUUCAAGCCUUAACCGGUCUUUACUUUUCAUGACCCUAUUACGCAUGGCGGCUUUGGGACUGUGGGCAAUUCCAACACCUAGCUCCGUGACCGCGUAGGCAGCGACUUAUGAAUGCCCUCGAAUAGCCAUUAUGUUGAAGUCAUUAAUUAUGCGCCUACUGUGACCUACAAGUUACGGUAGGUGGGCUAACUCAUGAAAUGUCAACCGAAAUUCCAAAAUGCGUUUUCGUUUCGAAAAGAUUAAUUUAGUAGGGUUGUAAAGCUAGUCCGCCUGCAACAUAAUUCUGUAAUGCUUCAGUUACCUCACGAUGCCAGCUUUCGAAUGAACUUUCCUCCGGCUGCAUACAAAAACCACACUCGUUAAGAAAUGACUACUUAAGUAACAUGAAUUUUUCUCAUUGAUUUUCGAUGCCCUUAAAAGUCCAAUUAUAUUUCAUGAAAAACAUCCAUAAAAUAUUCAUUAUUUCGCUCAUUUAGUAGAGAAUUACGUCUUCUUCCAAUCUUAUAUUCGAGGGAAGGGUAUAAUUCGGUUUUCAAAAACUUUUCCAAUUCCCGAAUAAUUUUGAAUCCGCUCUACCGUUACCCUUAGAUUCAGGGUUUUGAAUCUACAAGCCGUAUAUUUUCCGCGUACGGAAAACCAUACAUUACUCUACAGUAAUAGAUGGGAACCGUAAGUGGUUCAUAGAAUUUUGGCAGUAGAUUUGAUCCAUAUUGUUAACUUUACAAGCCACAUUUGUUAAUGCGGAGACAUGACGAUUUAUGAACGGCCACUUCACGGUUUUUAAAAGUCCCACAAUUGGAAACUUUUUAAACCGAAUUGUACCCUUCCUUCGAGUGUAAGACUGGAAGAAGACUUAAUUGUCUACCGAAUGAGCAAAAGGAUGAAUAUUUUUAUGCAUGUUUUUCAUGAAAUGUAAUUGGACUUUAAGGGGCAUCUAAAAUCAAUGAGAAAAUUCACGUUAUUUAAGUAGUCAUUUUUUACAGAGUGUGGAAUAUCAUUGAACUUUUAGGGGCAUCGAAAAUCAAUGAGAAAUACUCAUGCUACUUAAGUAACCAUUUUACAGAGUAUAGUUUUUGCAUGCAACCGGAAGGAAGUUCGCUGGAAAGUCGGCAUCCGGAGGUAAAUGAAAUGUUAUAGAAGUAUGUUACAGGCUAAUCAGUUGUACAACCUUACUUAAUUAAUCUUAUCGAAACGAAGACGCAUUUCGGAAUUUCGGUUGACAUUUCAUGAGUUAGCCCACAUACUGUACUUGUCCUAUCGAAAAAGGCGCUUCUCCCUCACGCAGCUAUUUAUUCUUUCCGGGUGACGACUCAUUUUGUGGUUGGGAGCGACUUGACAAGCGUGCCCUCAUCGGUCAGUCAGACCCAUCCCCAGGCCAGGAACACUUCUACUGUGCGCCUGAUUCCUGUUGAUUUCAAGUCUUGCGUGUUAGUGUUGUUCUGUUUUCUGUUGGUCUGCGUUAUUCAAGGUCACAGUGGAAGGAUUUAUCCAUCUGACCUGAUUACAAGGCGGAAUAGGGACAUUUCGUCUCCCUUCUCGGAACAGGUCGUCACGCAGCGGCAAGCAAUCAGUAAUUGAGCACUUUGCCCCCAAAAUAAUAUGAAUGACUCCGGCCACACAUUUAAAUUCGACGAGGCCGAAAUUCUCGCAACAGGUGACAACCGCGUGAGCCGGGAGCUACUUGAAUCAUGGUUUACAGGCCCCCAGUCCAUUAACAAGUGCAAUGAACUUCCCCUCCGUACUCAGUGCUGAGACUUCGCCUAUGCGGAGUAAUUGGUCACGCGGGGAGCGCACAGGUGAACACUGUUCCCAACGCCAGGGUCGGUGGGUCAGAUGGUUGAGCAAUCAUCACACCAACUUCUAACGCACGUGAUGAAAUUGCAGCAAUUAACGACGCGAAUGUCGGCCAUCAAACAAUUAGCACACCAAGUGCGAUGAUCCCGGAUGAAGGCGGGAGACGUGAAUGUUCAUUGGUAUGCAGUAGCAUGGCGACUGCAUCCUAUAAAUACUGCAGCCCCUUGUGCAUGAAGCACCCUUAUCUGCUUUUGUCUCUGAUGCUGGCUUCGAGCAGGAAUCCGAAACGUCAGGCUAGUAAAGCUCUUGUCCCAGCGAUCCUGUCUCCUUCUUCAAGACUACUUCCUGGGACUCGUCUCUUCGCUUCGAUUGGCAAUGACUCCAGUGCCCAUUUCUGACAUCUGUCUUCGGCGGCCAAUCAUGCCCCAACCUUAGACCCUCGAAUACCUGACGUUUGUCCCCUCAUGCACUUGGUUCAAGGUUAGCGGUUUUAUCCCUGGACUUUGAGCCGCGCCAUGUCGACCGCGACCGGAGUACCAAGUGCUACUCUUCCGUUAUGCCUGACGAUCUGUCCUUGCUUAUGGGAGGCAGACAGCACUUGUUUGGUAGUUCCCACUUCCUUGUGCGCUGAAUAACAUCAGAGUAUUAUGACAUUUAAACCGCCCAGGUGAAAUCUGAGUGAUCUGCCCUACUUUUCUUGGCUUUCAGACCCCUGGACUCAGUCGCCCGGUUUACGUCCUCCAUGCGACUGGACAAAGACGCCUCCUACGCGACCAAACAAAUGUUGGCCCGGGAACUCGUACUGGAACGUAUGAGACGGGCUGAGGCGAUGUUUUCCUCACAACAACCUCCUAGGCGGGAAUCCUCGGGUGAGGCGGAAACCAGCGCGCCAGCUGUCACUACUACUCCCCGAGGUCCGCUGCCGGACUCCUUUAUGAGCACCCGUAUGGGUCCAACUGCCAAGCUUAUGGAUGAACCCGCCAAACAGAAGGUAGUAAUUUUGGACGAAUUUUUCUAUAGUCAGAAUGUUGUUACCGACAAAGAUCAGGGAGACUGGAGUGGCCAUUUCUGGCAUAUUAGCCGUCGUCAGCAGCCAGUCAUACCCAGUUCCGAAAUGUGGAACACCUGGGGCACGAACUCUCGACCUGUUAGUUGGAACUCCAACUCCGCUAACCACUGGGCCACGGGCUCGUUGUGCUGUCGGUUUCGAUCCGGAAUACACAAUGACAGAGGGGGGACGCUCACCGAUCGUUCUUACGGAACUCACUCGUUCCGUUGUGCCUUACGGGCUCUCUCCCUCGAGCCCAGCCAGCGGCCGCACAGUGGCGCAUGAUAUAGGCAGUUUGUUAUUACCGACAAAGACAAGGGAGACUGGAAUGGCCAUUUCUGGCUUAUUAGUCGUCGUCAGCCAGUCAUACCCAGUCCCGAGGUGUGGAAUACCUGGGGCUCGAACUCGCGAUCUGUUAGUUAGAAGUCCAACUCCGCUAACCACUGAGCCACGGGCCCGUUAUCCUGUCGGUUUCGAUCGGGGAUAUACAAUGGUAGAGGUGCCAGAAAUGGCCAUUCCAUUCUCCUAUGUCUUUGUCGGUAAUAACAUUCUGCCUAUAUCAUGCACCGCUGUGCGGCUGCUGGUUGGGCUCGAGAGAGAGCUCGUUAGGCACAACGGAACGAGUGAUUUCCGUAAGAACGAUCGGUGAGCGCCCCUCUAUUAUUGAAUUUUUUUAUUUUAGGUGACAAUUAAAUAUAGAUUUUUUUACUUCUUUAUGCGCGCCCAGACUUCUUGAAAAAAAUGUCCAUGAAAGUCCGGGAGUGUGAUGCAACGCACGUGUAAGUAAUGAUCGUGAGAAUGAAAGGGGGCUGAUGAGAUGAGAACGGCAGGCGCAUAAAAAGACGCUUCCUAGGACAGGAAGGUUUCAACCUUUUGACGCCUUCGUCUUUAUAGCUGCGUUUAAAAAUGCCUGAUAAUGAACCACGACCAGAAACUCGGUAGGAAUGAGGGGGGAAGUUGUACUGCAUGCAGUUUCGCGGUUGAUGCUGUCAUCUCCAACGGUGGAUAGUGCGCAGAUUCUGUACUUUGAAAACUUUUAUCAGUAGUCCGAACGCUCCGGACAGCGGACUCUUGUUGCGUGUUUAACACAAAAGGUUGAAAACUAACUGCAUGGAAUAGGGUUCAGUCCCAUCCGGACGUUGUCGCAGUCAACUGUAUCUUGUAGUUGUUAUCGCCGAAAAUCAGCUCACUUCGAACAACCUCAAUCUGCACACGGGAAAGCGAUGUGCUAUCCACCACACCCUGGCCGCACGUUUUCGAUCCAUACUCGUGCUUUCUGUACUUUUACUGCGGUAAAUUGUACACCUGCACUGCUUGAAAAUGUUUUUUUUCUCUUCUCUCUUAGGUGGCGAAGGACUUCUUUGGCAGACCGAUUAUCAAUAAAGUCCUAUCCCCAUCCUCUAAAGGUAACUGUGUGGAAACUGGUUCUUUUAACUUCUUGCCCUCACCCCUUUUUUGCCAGCGCAUCUUGUUAAGGGUCUCCUUGGAAAAGAAAUAGAGGCAGGCAUUUAGCGCAAGACCCUUAGACCGUCGUUACCGACGAUGUCCACCGUGUACUCCACUGAAAGGUGAAGCAGACACGGUCACUUGCGCAUGAAUUAGUUUAUAAUGGUAGCAGACUUGCGCUGUAUCUACCGCACUCUCUCCUCCUUACUUCCCACCUGGACCAGGUGCCAAGACAGAGCCAAGAAGAUUGGAGACGGGCAAGGGCGCAGGCGGAUGACGCGGUCGAACCCGCACCUUGGCGUUCCGCCCCACGCCUCCGGUCCACAUAGCAAAUGGCCAGGUUUUCGCCAACAACACCCAAAAGGGGUCAGAAGGAUGAGGAUGAUGACUGAGCAGCCGUGCCCACCACCUGCAUACCCAGCGGGAGCGCAAGCGCAUCUACCGGCAGGGGGAACCAGGUGUCAGGGAACUGCCAGCGCAUACCAGGCCGCGAGGGCCAUGGUUUGCUGAUACUGGCGUAGCACACGCUUACAGACCUUUUGACCGACCUAAGACCUCUUAGGAAGGUGUUUGUUUCGGAUAUUAUCGAUCUGGAGGAUGGAUUCAGAAUGGCGAUAGUAUUCCUCCGAAUGGCUGAUUUCGCUGUCCAACCAGUCUGUGCACACAAGAUGAAGGUCAUUGAACUUGCUGAUGGCCCGCAACUGUAUCAGCCACCGUAAAGGAUUCCAGACGCUGCCUGCCUGGCAGUGGGUUUUCUGAAUUCACCACUUGGCGUCUGAUAAUUUUCCCUUGUCUGUGUGUCACUUCAACCCCGAUCGGAGUGAGGAGGCGGCUGACGGCCUCCGAGGUGUUCUUGACGUGCGGGAGCGACAGUCAAAAUUUUGGUCCAACACCGUUUCGUCUCGCUUCUCCACCUUGCAUGCACCAGCUGACAAAAUUGCGCUGAUAACCAUGCCCUCUGAGUAGCCCUCGAAGGUUCACUUCAGUACGUCUCAACACGCAGGCUGAACUGUCAUUGUGGCUGAUUGGGGGGUUCUGGUGGUUGCUGUAUCGUUGUGCGAGUGUUUGAUACCUCUGCUUUGCGGGGCGACAACAGAAUGUAGAGUCAAGACCUAAGGCGAAUGGAAACGCGGCCACGCAGGGAGCAUCAGACCAAGCCGGCUGUGUAAUGCACGCCUGAGCUCAGGUGGCCAAUGGGCGUGUAAUGUACGACAUCGAGUAAACCUGAUGCUUUUGCUCACGCAUGCGGCCCCAUCAAUGACUGGCUGAGCACUCGUGAUUCUUCCACCGGGGAGAGGGGUUAUCACACAAGAAACAUCCGAUCCACGCCCACCAAGCUGGAGCUCAGGAUGUUCUAGAACCGUUAGGAGACGGAGAAAUAAGGCGUGUUCUAGCGCUUUCGACAUUAUAUUACUUGGGCUGACAGAAUAAAAGGGUUGCUCCUGGAACCUGAGCUUCUCUCCCUCAUCCACCCGUCUAAGAUGUAACAACGGCCAGUUAUUGGUGCCUUCAAGCCAGUAUCAUCAGCAUUCGAGCUAUGUCCUAUGCGGGGGCGGAUCGUGUGUGGCACACAUAGACGGGCUAUUGAUCUCUGUCAACCACAUGCACCCAAUCCCAACAUCAGACGACCAACCGACUCGGAGGGCUGACUGUUACAUGGAAUAGGGAAGAGAGAGAGAGAGAGAGAGAGAGAGAGAGAGAGAGGGAGAGAGAGAGAGAGAGAGAGGCCAACUCAAUGCAUUUGCCACUGUGAACAGUCUAACGGGCUUUGAAAAUAUUACGAUGCGCUAGGAGCCGCGACUUUUGAGGCUGCUGACUGACGGGAUAACUCGUACCCCCCCCCCUCAGGCCGCAAUGAAUUCUCCUGAAUGUGGCGUCUACGGUACUCCCACUCAGAUGAGACCCUAGCCAACCACAGUUAAGACCUGGUCCCUCGUGCGCAGGCACGCGUAGACGGACUAUUCAGCCAUGUCACCCACUGUGUCCGGUCUCGACUCCCGUCAUUUUGACUCUGUUUUGCCACCGGGCCCGGGGGAGUGAGGAAGGAUGCUGCGAAAGUCACCGUUCCUGCGUCCGGCAUGUCUUGGGACACAUCGUUUGCGAUGGUCCAACCGUCAUUCGAGGCAUGCCCCGUCCACACAGAAGCCAUCUGUUACACCGCCUCCGCCGACUUUUUUCGGCUUCUUUGCUCGUUUCCAUGACGAAUGACCAGAGAGCCUGUCGACCGACUAACUGCGCCCUCCUUAUUCACCAACCUGUCGGCCAAACCCGACUCUGUCUCACGAGGCGACUGAAGCCAUGACGAAAGUGGUGCACCUUCAAUCCAUCUCGGUGGUGUGUUUAGGCAUCUGCUGUAGUAGAGAGCGCUCCUUCCUGCCGCUCUUAGCCUGUAAAGUAGCGCCGACUGAAGCGCAGGUAGUGAGUAGUAACUGUGCUUUACACCAGGGGUGGGUCCGGCCGGCCAUUCGAUUGACGGAACAUUUGAUUCACGUGAUUUCGCAGAUGCAGUUGGACUGUGAACAGUCAUGCAACUGAUGACAUCUGUGACGAAAUACCUUCAGGAAGUUUUUUCUUUCAAUUUCACUGUUCCAUAAGUGUUCUUGUGGCUAGCUGGUUCGUCAGCGGAUUUUUGUGCUUUUAGAUAAUGUGCGCCCUGCUACUCGCUGUCCCAUUAAUCAGGAUGUUUGGUUCAAAUUCAAGCAGGGCCAUUCCAACGCCGUUCGUCGUCCAUUCCUGAUGAGCAAUCUGUUGUAA